AUGGAGGGCCGAGCUCAUCCGGGCAAGGCUUCUACUUCAUCUGGCCAGAAAAACCGGAUGAUGGACGAUCUUACAAGCUAUUCCGAGAAUCUUUUACGCCGCUUCAAGCAGCGCCUACCGCCGGCGGUCAAGAAUGUGCCUGCUGCCGAGACCGAAACCGAAACCGAAACCCAUCGGACGUUCCAGGUAGGAAUCGUUGGAGCUGGACUGGCUGGAUUGCGAUGUGCAGAGGUUCUUAUUCAAGAAGGCUUCGCUGUUACUAUGAUAGAAGCACGGGGUAGACUAGGUGGCCGCAUUCACCAAUCCAGCCUUGCUGGCCAACUGGUAGAUAUGGGGCCUAACUGGAUUCAUGGCACUGAUGAUAAUCCAGUGGUUAAACUUGCUGAAAAUGUCAACUGCAAACUCAUUUCCCCUAAUGAAAGCACAUAUGUAUACGAUUCUGCUGGGAUGCAUAUGAAUGCUCAGAAAGUCUUGAGUGCCGACACGACCUUCUGGGACAUUCUCGCGGAUGCUUUCAAAUACAGUGAUGAGGAUUGCAACGGCAUAGCACCGAAUCGAAGCUUAAAGGAUUAUUUCAUUGAAAGACUAUCAGCGAGUCAACUAGACAAGGAAGCUCAAAGUACUGUCAUGGAGCUCGCAGAAAUGUGGGGUGGCUUCGUUGGUGAUCCUUUUGAAAGACAGAGCUUGAAAUGGUUCUGGCUGGAAGAGUGUCUCGAGGGAGAGAAUCUUUUCGUGUCGAAUACGCACCGGGCCAUCAUCAAUCGCACUGCCGAGGCUGCGUUAAGCUGUGGCGACAUCCAUUUUUCAACCAUUGUUCGGAGCAUAGAAGCUCGGCAUGAGGAAAAGGGAGCUGGGAGAGUGGUCGUAAAAACCGCAAAUAGAAACUUUAGUUUCGACGCAGUGGUUGUCACUAUUCCGCUUGGUUGUCUGAAAAUGGGUACCGUUCAGUUUGUUCCCGAACUUCCUCAGAACGUCCAUCGUGCUAUCAAAGACACGUCGUACGGCCGCCUGGAGAAGGCUUUCCUUGCUUUUUCUGCACCUUUUUGGGAGAGGUCAAACAUGAGUGCCCUCAAAGACGAAGACGCAACCCGUGCCACAGAGAACACGUUCCCAAUGUUUACACGUUUCCUCCGCCCUUCCUAUGUCCCAGAAGAGCAGAGCUCAUGGACAUUAGAAAUGGUAGCGCUGUCAUCACCUACUAUAUUUGGUGACGACGCUCGGCCUGUGAUCAUGUUUUGCCUUUGGGGUGCAUCCGCCGCUCAUAUGACAUCAGCCAUCGCGAGCCUGAAUCCGUCCAGUGACGAAUAUUAUAAGGUUAUGGACAUGUUAUUUCGACCUUUCUAUAGUCGACUUCCAAACUACGAAGAAGGUCAUCCGGAUUGUAUACCUACUGAAGUCCUUGCCACAAAUUGGCAAAACGAUGAAUUUGCCGGUAAGGGAUCUUAUACAAAUUUCAAGACUCACCUACGUGGGGAACAGUCUAAUGAAGAUCCGGCCAUUGAUGAUCAUUUUCUGACCUUACGGCACGGGCUGCCAGAGAGAGGUAUCUGGUUUGCAGGAGAACACACGGCUCCAUUUGUCGCACUGGGGACGUCGACCGGUGCGUAUUGGAGCGGUGAAUCUGCUGCAACGAGAAUCAUUGAGGCGUAUAUGCUGUCAAGACAGCGACAAUCAGGCUAA